GGAAAAUCGUUGGCGCAGUUUUGGUCAAGAGUUGCAGAUUUUCAUUCCCCUUUCCUCCAUUAUUUUUCCGUAAAUUUACCCACUAUUCGCCAUGUAUGUCAUCAAAAGAGAUGGUCGAAAAGAAGACGUUCAUUUUGACAAGAUCAACUACAGGAUAACCAAACUUGGUUAUGGGUUGGACAAGAAUUUCGUCAACACAGCUGAAAUGACCAUGAAGGUGAUCCAGGGCCUGUAUGCUGGCGUCACGACGAUAGAGCUAGACAACCUGGCAGCCGAGACGGCGGCAACAUUGACGGUCAAACAUUCAGAUUAUGCGACGCUUGCUGCCAGGAUCGCUGUCAGCAACCUUCAUAAAGAAACCAAGAAAGUCUUCAGUGAGGUGAUAGAUGAUCUCUACAAAUGGGUGAACCCCAAAACCAACCAACACUCGCCCAUGAUAGAUGACGAGGUGUAUAAGAUCAUCAUGGACAAUGCUGAUUUUUUAAAUUCCAAAAUCGUCUACGAUCGUGAUUUUGGCUACACAUAUUUUGGAUUCAAAACUAUGGAGCGAUCUUACUUACUGAAGAUAGAUGGAAAAGUUGCUGAGCGUCCCCAGCACCUGUUGAUGAGGCUGGCUGUUGGAAUUCACAAGAAAGAUUUAGAGGCAGCUGUGGAGACAUACAAUUUACUCUCCGAAAAAUGGUUCACCCAUGCUUCACCCACAAUGUUCAAUGCUGGGACAAGAAGACCACAACUUUCGAGUUGUUUCCUGUUGACUAUAGGUGGCGACAGCAUCGAGGGAAUAUACGACACGCUCAAACAGUGCGCCCUUAUUUCCAAGAGUGCUGGUGGUAUUGGCCUGAAUGUUCACAGUAUUCGAUCGUUCGGGAGCUAUAUCGCUGGGACAAAUGGCACAUCGAAUGGUCUCCUGCCAAUGUUGAGGGUGUAUAAUAACACAGCACGUUAUGUUGACCAAGGAGGCAACAAGCGCCCUGGCGCCUUUGCCAUCUACCUCGAGCCCUGGCAUGCGGAUAUCUUCGCCUUCCUGGACGCUCGCAAGAAUACCGGUAAAGAGGAAAACCGUGCCAGAGACUUGUUCUACGCGCUCUGGAUCCCUGAUCUCUUCAUGAAGCGGGUGGAGGAAAAUGGCGACUGGACGUUGAUGUGUCCGGCUGAGUGCCCAGGGAUGGCGGAUUGUUGGGGGGAGGAGUUUGAAAAACUCUACACAAGUUACGAGAAAGCAGGGAAAGGUCGGAAGACCAUCAAGGCCCAGACAUUGUGGUCUCACAUCAUUGAUGCCCAGGUUGAGACUGGUACCCCAUACAUGCUGUACAAAGACGCCUGCAAUAGGAAGAGCAACCAGCAGAACUUGGGAACCAUCAAAUGCAGCAAUCUAUGCACGGAGAUUGUGGAGUACAGCAGUCCCGAUGAGGUGGCCGUCUGUAACCUUGCUUCCAUCUCCCUGCCAAAGUUUGUAAACAAAGAAGACCGCACGUUCGAUUUCCAAAAACUUGUUUAUGUAACCGGAGUCAUCGCGAGGAAUCUCAACAAAAUAAUCGACGUCAAUUUCUACCCAGUACCCGAGGCAAAGAAAUCUAACAUGCGUCAUCGUCCGAUUGGUAUCGGUGUGCAGGGUCUUGCUGAUGCCUUCAUCCUGAUGAGAUACCCAUUCGACAGUCCUGAGGCUAUCGACUUGAACAAGAAGAUCUUCGAGACCAUCUAUUACGGUGCUUUGAAAGCAAGUUGUGAGCUUGCCGAGAAGUUGGGACCUUACGAGACAUACGAGGGCUCUCCCGUCAGCAAGGGGAUCUUGCAGUUUGAUAUGUGGGGUGUGAAGCAGACGAACAGACAUGACUGGGAUGGACUUCGAGCAGAUAUCAAGAAGUAUGGUGUGCGGAACAGUCUCCUUAUCGCCCCAAUGCCAACAGCCUCCACCGCACAGAUCCUUGGUAACAACGAGGCUUUCGAAGCCUUCACCAGCAACAUCUACACAAGGAGGGUGCUCGCAGGAGAAUUCCAGAUGGUGAACCAUCAUCUCGUCAAGGAUCUCACAGCCCUAGGUCUCUGGUCCGAUGAUCUGAAGAACCAAAUCUUGGCAUACGGUGGCUCCAUCCAGCAGAUCGAGGGCAUCCCGGAGGACAUCAAGAACUUGUACAAGACGGUGUGGGAGAUCUCGCAGAAGGUUGUGAUUGACAUGGCCGCAGACCGUGGUGCUUACAUCGACCAGAGUCAGUCGUUGAACAUUCAUAUUGCCACUCCUAAUUACGGCAAACUCUCGAGUAUGCACUUCUACGGUUGGAAGAAGGGGCUCAAGACAGGCAUGUACUACUUGAGGACGAAGCCCGCUGCCAACGCCGUCCAGUUCACUGUUGAUAAGACGAAGCUCACCGGCAAGGCGUUGACCAAGGAGGAGAGGGCUGCCCUCGAGGAGGAAGCACUUGCCUGCUCAAGGGCGAACCCCGAGGCUUGUACGAUGUGCAGUGCAUAGACAGCCCUCGUAGCCGGAUGUGUGUCGUGAGAUGACCUUGUGGUGUGGAUCCACCAUAACCCUUCAUUGUCUUCUGUUCAAGUUUGUAACAUUGUUUGAAAAAUGCAACUCUUGGUACCAAAAUCCCUCCUCCUCUGUGGUGUUAGUUCAUCAACACCAAGUGGCACUACAGAACUUACAGGUGGAAAAGGAUUCUCACUUUGUCGAAACUGUUGUCUUUGGGCGUUUAAUUUAUUCUGUUGAUUUCCUUAUCCUGAUCCAACUUGUUCUGCUGAAAGUCUCCUUGGGUUAAAAGUCCUUUUGAGGACUCCUUGUGUCAAGGUUCUUUUUGUUGGAUGCUUGGAGAAUGUGUAUAUUCUCUAAUCCUAUCUGUUGUUGAGUAUGUUAUUAUUUCCUGAUUGGAGCACGUGUUAUAAAAGUCCUUUUUAGGACUCCUUGCUUAUUGCGAGGUUUAUUGUUUUGGACUGGGACUUGUGCCACGGAGGGGAGGGGAUGGUUCUGUACAUGAAAUGUACAACAUUGUCCAUCCAUGUGAAGUUUUGUUUAUGUUGACUUAACUCCUGGCUGUUUAUAAAAACUGGGUCGAACCAAAUGUGAAUUGUGUGGAAGAAAACACUAAACACUUGACAGUUAAAAUUAAGUUCAGCUGAUGAAACUCUGAUGGACAGACCCAAAAUAAUGUAUUUGGAAUAUUAGUCAUCCUAUUGGUGAUUAGUUUAGACCUGAUCUUGUAAGUUUUCAGAUCUGUAAAUGUGCAUUUAUACUUGUGUGUUGAUAUAUAUAUUGUAACGGUUGUAUAUGUUGUGACUUGUUAGAAGGACUGCCGGUUUUGUUUUUACCAAAACGGGUCAAGUACUGAAUCCAGAUAUCAUCACACAAUGUGACUUAUAUCAUGCAAGUCAUGAAAGGAAAAGUCCGUUUCAUAUGCACGAGUUUACACCAAAAAUGUUUAACCCAGCUCACUGUUCAUAGAACUGCAUGUAUUGGUCAAAAUAAACCAUUUACAUUAUUUAA